GCCAGGGAGAGUUGCAAGCAUCGAAGAGACUCUCUGUCGAAAAAGCCCCAAUCUUUCUUCAAAAUCCCGAGCUCUAUCCCCUCCUGCAUUCAUCCCAAAAAUCUCACAAAACCCUAACCCUAGAACCCAAAAAAAAUCCCUGCGCCUUGCAAUGGCGCAUCUAAGAGCGGCGCUCCUGCUAUGUAUAUUCCUUCUAUCCUUCACCCUUCCCGCCAUCUCUGGGAAGAGCUAUUACGAUAUCUUGCAAGUUCCGAGAGGUGCAUCGGACGAGCAGAUCAAAAGAGCUUAUAGGAAACUGGCGCUGAAAUAUCAUCCAGACAAGAAUCCCGGAAACGAGGAGGCGAAUAAGAAAUUUGCCGAUAUCAACAAUGCAUACGAAGUGCUUUCGGAUCGGGAGAAGAGGAAUAUCUACGAUCGGUAUGGUGAAGAGGGACUGAAGCAGCAGGCCGCAGGUGGGGGCCGCGGAGGUGGGAUGAAUAUCCAAGACAUCUUUAGCAGCUUCUUUGGCGGGGGCAGUGCAGAAGAGGAAGAAGAGAGGGUCGUGAAGGGAGAUGAUGUUAUUGUUGAAUUGAGUGCUUCAUUGGAAGAUUUGUAUAUGGGAGGUUCAUUGAAGAUUUGGAGGGAGAAAAACAUUUUAAAGCCAGCCCCUGGUAAAAGGCGUUGCAACUGCAGAAAUGAGGUCUAUCAUAAGCAAAUUGGUCCCGGAAUGUUUCAGCAGAUGACAGAGCAGGUUUGUGAGCAAUGCCCAAAUGUGAAAUAUGAGCGGGAAGGUUAUUUCGUAACUGUUGAUAUUGAGAAGGGGAUGCAAGAUGGACAAGAGGUCGUGUUUUAUGAAGAUGGCGAGCCUGUAAUAGAUGGCGAGCCUGGAGAUUUGAAGUUUAGAAUAAAGACUGCUCCACAUGAUCGCUUCAGGAGGGAAGGCAAUGACCUGCAUACAACUGUUACAAUUUCACUGCUCCAAGCUCUUGUUGGUUUUGAAAAGACCCUCAAGCAUCUUGAUGAACAUCUGGUGGACAUCAGCUCAAAGGGGAUUACAAAACCGAAAGAGGUGAGGAAGUUUAAAGGGGAGGGGAUGCCUCUGCAUUUCAGCUCAAAGAAAGGCGACUUGUAUAUUACAUUCGAGGUUUUGUUCCCUAGUUCACUAACAGAAGAUCAGAAGACAAAGAUCAAGGCUAUUCUUUCCUAGGAUCAUCUCUUUGCCAGUUUGGCUCUUUUCCCAUUGUACCAUGAAUUGGGAUCAUUCAGCAGGCCCAAGGAUUUUUACGAGUUUGUCCUCUGUUGAAAGGAUGUACUGGCUGUAAUACGAGUCUGCGUCCAGCUCACCGAAGGGCAGAUUUGCCUUCUUUCCUAAUACGGUUUUGUUUCGACUUUUGACGUUCUAAUCUAACGAAGAGAUAUAUGAGAAAUAGCCAUUCUAAACU